GGCCGGGCCGGGAGCUCCAAUGGCACAUUGAGCGAUUGAGGAUGUGCUAAAUGCCUUGUUUUGGCACAGUUAAAGCCUUGUGAUUAUCCAGGAAACAGUCCAGCCGCUGGGAAUACAUCAGUGCUAUCGUCGAGGCGAUUUCCGGAGCUCUCGAGACAGCCCCGAGAUCACACGGGGUCACACGAACCAGCUGCAGCGCUGUGGUGUUCGGAGCGCUGCGACUUCGUGCCGACGCGACAGAAACGACCGUCGGGCCACCCAACACCUUCCGGGCACCUGCCAGCCCUAGGACAAGCCGCUCACCUCCUGCCAAAGCCGCGAGAACGCGCCGUCGCUUCUCGCGCGUUCUCCAGGAAGCACAGCAGCGCAAAACAACAAGAUGACCGACAUCGUCCAGCCCCCCCGCUCGAAGCGCGCCAGACGAACGAAGACCCUCGAGACCUGGCUCAAAGGGAGGGGCGUCGACGAGCCCGAGGCAUUACGCGAGGCUUGUCUGUAUGCCUCGACCAUAGACGAGCUCGCGACCGCCCCGCCCGAGGACAUGGACUGGCUCACGGAAGCCUGGGACCCCCGCGUCCGUUCAAUUUUUUUGGACGCGGUAAAUGAAGCGCGAACGGCGAUCGAGCAAGGUAGAAAACCCGAGGGCGCCCCCGAUGAAUAUUAUGAACCCCUGCCGCCCAUCUCGGCGGAAGCCGUAGCUUCGACAUUAGCGGGCAUGCCCUCGCAGCCCGCGGCGCCGCCGCCGCCGCCGACGCCUCCGAAGCUCGACUCGAAGCGUAGCGAAGCCCACAAGGGCGCCGCUCCCAGGUUCCGCAUGUCCAUCUUGACGGACUACGCCGGAGUUGUAAGUGAGACGGUGACCGAUGAAAGGUUACCAGCGCACGUCGAGGGCGAGGAGAACAACGAGGACAACCUUGAGUUUAGAACAUUGCUGAACUUCGAGAAGGUCGGGAGAGGUGAGCGGAAGCGCUGCGUCAUGUGCGGGAGGGAAGCGGAGGCCGAGGACCGGCGACGGGCGGGCUGCGAGCCGCAGUGCUGCGUCAUCCCCAAACAAUGCAAGGACGUCUGCGACGCCUGCACGAAGUCGACCUGGCGCCACCGCGCGACCGACGUCUACUUCAAGUGGUGCCAGGGCUGCAAGAAGUUCCGGUCGAUCCCGGCCUUCGCGAACAAGCGGCACACCGCGAAGUGCGACGCGUGCCGGAAGAGAGGUAGGGAGGGCUACCACAAGAAGGUGAAGAAGAACAAGGAGGACGAGUCGCCGGCGAAGUAGGCCUGUGCAUUCAUUCCUCCCUGUCCAGACAAUAAGAAAAGGUCUGUCUCCA